AUGCCGUUAACAUUCAGUCAGAAAAUAAAACUAAAUGACGAAUAUGGCGAAAUAAAAGAACUUUUAGCGGCUGUGGCAGCACAACGGGGUGGGAGAGUCGGAGCCAAGAAAUCAAGCGCGAAUGGAGAGCAGCCAAUGAAGAAAGUCAAACGAAAGUUUAACGCUAGCAUCGGACACAGCAAAGUCUCGGAGACAGGCGUUCAACAGAUACUGGACGAGCUCGAGUCGGCUAAAGCAAUCUUUGCUGGGUUCCGAGCCACUCCCGAAGCCGCUAAACCCAUAGGCUCGUUACUAUUGAGCCUGGGAAUCAAUGGUUUGUUACUGGUGCUGAGGAUAGAACUAUCAAGAUCCGGGACCUUGCUUAAAACUUUGCUUACGGAACACAUAUCCCCAGUGCGAGGGUUGGCUGUGUCGCCGAGACAUCCGUAUCUAUUUUCUUGUGAAGAGGAUAAAAUGGUAAGAUUCCGACUUUGGAUGCACUGGUUACUGCUGGGAGAGACGCAACAGCCAGGCGGACAUAGCUCGAUAGUAGCGGAUGUAAUAUGUCAGAAGUUGAUCCACAGGUCAUCCCGGCUUUUAUGGAUUCGACCAUACGUCGCUGGGGCUGGCAAGACGAUGGUCACUCUUACGCAUCACAAGAAAUCCGUUCGUGCUCUCACGUUACAUCCAACAGAGUUUGCGUUUACCAGUGGGAGUGCGGAAAAUAUAAAACAAUGGAAGGUUCACGGAGGAUUGUAUACAGAAUUUUGA